UACGUGUAAACAUAAAAAACGACAAAGCAGCUCAGAUAAGUCCUGGUACUAGCGGUGAAUACCGGUAGAAUUUCACCCCUGAUGUUAAGCGGUCUACAGACGGCGUUACAAGUUUCCAUAGAGAGUUGAAGAGGCAUAUUGGUUGAUGUGUUUUGUCUAUCGUUUCGCUCUUCGAUUAUUUUCCAGUUUGUUAAUUAUCUCCGUUAAACGUAACGUUAUGCAACAUUAGUCUUAGUUCAAAUCUUCACUUGAUCAUAAAGGACUAAGAAAACGUACUAUAGGCCUAAUCAAAAGGAUGUCAAGCGAUCGUGGUCAGGCAGGGCCCUCGGGAACAAUUACCAGCGGAGGCCUUGGACGUAACUCCGUUUCAUCAUCACACCAAGACCGUGAAAAAGAGCAAAAAGAACCAAAACUAAAUCCUAAAAUGUCAAAAGCUCUGAGUACUAGCGCCAAAAGGAUUCAAAAGGAACUGGCUGAGAUAACACUAGAUCCACCCCCUAAUUGCAGUGCUGGACCUAAAGGAGAUAACUUGUACGAAUGGGUGUCUACUAUACUGGGUCCUCCUGGCUCUGUGUAUGGAGGAGGUGUGUUCUUCCUGGAUAUUCACUUUUCACCAGAGUACCCUUUCAAGCCUCCGAAGGUAACCUUUCGAACAAGAAUCUAUCACUGUAACAUUAACAGUCAAGGCGUUAUUUGUCUAGAUAUCUUGAAGGAUAAUUGGAGCCCUGCCCUGACUAUAUCAAAAGUUCUUCUUUCUAUAUGUUCGCUGCUCACAGACUGUAACCCAGCGAUUUAA